AUGCCUUCUCCAAAUAACCAGGCGGUCGAUGCCUCCAAACAAGAAACAGAACUCCAUAAUAACCCUCCUCAAGAUGCGACUGACCCAAUGGAACAUGGUGAUAUAUUGGCUUAUGUGGAAGGUACACCCACAGUGAACACGACCUCGAACGGGCAAGUCGUUAAUGGCUCCGCCUUAGCAGCUUCAGCGGGAGAAGAGACACGGGAUGAACAACAGGCGACAGAGCUUUCCGUGACAAUCAAUACAGAUGCGCCCGAAAGGUCACCUCCAAAUUCUCCCAGCCGCCCGCAAUCACCAAACUCUACAACCCCAAAGGCAAAUGGCGACACACUCGGUCGAAAACGAUCUCGAUCGGGUUCGAUAAUACGUUCUACAUCCCCUCCACCUCCAUCCUCACUCCUUCCUGUCCGCCCCCGCGAAACUCCUGUAGAUAAAAUAUUGCUCGAACAAUAUGUCAAUCGAGAAUUCCACCACUCUGCGCUUAUGGCCUGGAAGAAUCCCCAUCAGGAGCUCCUCAAGCAGAAGCGCGCUGAAAGGGAUUACUACCUGUCUUUACAGCAUGAGCGUCGGAUGAAUCCCGGAGCAAUAUUCGGAUACGGAUAUGAAGGCUACGGAAACGCACGGACGGAUCUAAAGUCUCAACAUCCUCAACUUCUUUAUCCUUCCAAUCGAAGGCGGCCGGGCGGACGGAAAUCAAAGGACAUUCGCAUCUCACGAGAUGACAUGCUCACGCAGGCAGAACAACUCGAGGAUUUGGUUCCCAUCCGCCUGGACAUUGAUUGGGAUAAGAUUAAACUUCGGGAUACCUUCACUUGGAAUCUUCAUGAUCGAGUCACCUCGCCAGAUGUGUUUGCAGAGAAGUUGGUUGAAGAUUUGCGUCUCCCUCUGGAAUCUUGCGGGCCACUGGUGCGUCAGAUUUCCCAAAGCAUCCAAGAUCAGCUAGCGGAUUUCUAUCCUCAGGUGUUCAUGGAGGAAGAAAAUUUAGACCCUCAUCUACCCUAUCACGCCUAUAAGAAUGAUGAGAUGCGCAUCCUAGUCAAACUUAACAUCACCCUCGGCCAGCAUACGCUGGUCGACCAAUUCGAAUGGGAAAUCAACAAUCUACAUAAUUCUCCCGAGGAGUUUGCAGUUCAAAUGACGAAAGAUCUCUCCCUUCCAGGAGAAUUUACUACUGCUAUUGCCCACUCUAUCAGAGAGCAAGUUCAACUCUUCACCAAGAGCUUAUACAUUCUCUCACACCCCUUCGACGGGCGACCGAUCGAAGAUCCGGAUCUCAAAGCAUCCUUUCAACCAUCCCCCCUCCCCUCACCAUUCCGCCCCUUCCAAUCCGCCAAGGACUUCACACCCUACCUUUAUGAGCUCAACGAAGCCGAGCUUGAGCGUACAGAAGUCUCCAUUUCUCGAGAACAACGACGGCAAAAACGCUCAGUCAAUCGACGUGGUGGCCCUGCUCUGCCUGAUCUCAAAGACCGCCAACGCACCAUCCGCACGCUUGUUGUCUCUUCUGUUAUACCUGGAGCAGCAUCCUCAAUAGAAGAAAGCCGCUUGUUCAAGCGCUCUCGUACCAAUCGGAGUCGACGUGCAGCUACUGGCCAGCGGGAUGGAGGGGAUGAAUCUGACGAUUCUGAGAGCGACGAAUCGUCUGCGGGCUCGCCCGCGAUAUCACACCUCGCCCAAGGAACCGCUAGGACCAGAGGCAUGAGAGGCGCUGCGUCAGUUGCGCAGGCUGCUAUGCGCGCCAAUCUUGUUCGAUCCGCAACCCCUGAAGUCACGAGCCUGGAACCGAGAGCCGCAGCCCGACAUCGCGACUACAGGGACGAGAGCUCCGACGUGCCUGACAAACUCAUUGUGAAAUUGAAGAUUAACAGGGACAAAUUCCGCCAAUUCUUAAAGGACAUGAAGAGCAAUAAGACGAAUAAACCUAUAGCCGCAAGGGGAUCCACGCCAUCCACUGGCACGAAGAGUGUAACCCAGACGACCGCGACCACGACCGCGACCGCAACCGCAACCACAACCACAGCCGCAACCACAGCCGCAACCGGUACCCGUAGCUCCAUGGGUCCGCCGCAAUCCCUGACUCCCCAACCCACACCACCAAAACGACCUACCGCAUCCCAGCUGAAUGGUGUAAUCGAUGCACCUCUACCCCCGCAACCAGGAGUACCAGGCCCUUCACCCCCAUCCUGGCUCGUCCGCGGCCUAAAUAACCUCAAACGCUCCUACCCACGUGACUCCUUCGAAGGCACCAUGCGCUAUACCGCCGUAGACCCACACACUGGCCUCCCGCUUGCCAACGCUGCCACCACCCACGCGGGCCAGAAGCUGACAUAUAAAUACUUCCCGCGCAUCCGCUGCCACGAUUGCCCCGGGAAGUUAUACACGCCCGGUCCGGCGAUGACGGUGGAUAAUUUCGAGGUACAUUUGAAGAAUCGGCAGCAUAAGGAGAGGGUGGAGGAAAGACACGCGAAGGCGGCGGCGGCGGCGGGUCGUGCGCCCACUUCUUCCCGCGGUGCUGGUAAAGGAGGGUCUGCGAAGGAGGGUGCAGGGAAUGGUGGUGACUCUGGAGAAAAUGCCGCUGCCUCUCCUCCAGACGCUGCCAAUGCUGCCUCGUAG